UUGGAGAGAAUUUGAAUCUCUGUGAUCUUCUUGCCUUUACAGUUUUUUUCUCAACACCCUUUGAAACUCCUGCAAGAGAAAAUGCUGCCUGCUACUUUUAAACUGUGUGCUGGCAUCUCCUAUCGGCACAUGAGGAAUAUGACAGGUUUGAGAAAGAAUGCUAUGGUGGCCAUUCAUCAUGAGCUGAACAGACUGGCGGGUCCAGGCCCCAGUAACUGGAUCAGCCAAGUCCGCCGGCGAAGCUCUCUUCUUAGUUCUCGGAUUGAAGAAGAGGGGUACAGUGAGGAGGAGAUGACUUAUUUGAAACAAGGUGAAGAUGCACUGCAAAAGGCUAUCAGUAUCCUCAGUGAGCAGGACGGCUGGACCACUGAAACUGUUGCUGCAAAUGGGGACAAGGUCCUGAGUAAAGUGCUGCCUGACAUCGGGAAGGUGUUCAAGCUGGAAGUGAUGCUGGAGCAACAUCCUGAUAAUCUUUACAAAGAGCUGGUGGGAAAUAUGGAGCAAAUGGGGGAGUGGAAUCCUAAUGUCAAAGAGGUCAAAAUUCUCCAAAAGAUUGGCCAGGAUACAAUGAUCACCCAUGAGGUGUCCGCAGAGACCCCUGGCAAUGUGGUGGGACCCAGGGACUUUGUCAGUGUUCGCUGUGCCAAACGGCGAGGCUCCACCUGCUUCCUGGCAGGAAUGUCUACUCAGCACCCAAAAAUGCCUGAGCAGAGGGGUGUUGUCAGAGCGGAGAAUGGCCCUACCUGUAUAGUUAUGAAGCCCUGUGCUGAAGACCCAAAUAAGACCAAAUUUACCUGGUUACUAAGUAUAGAUCUAAAGGGUUGGAUCCCAAAGACAAUCAUAAACAAAGUGCUCGCUCAGACGCAGGUGGACUUUGCCAGCCACCUCAGGCAAAGGAUGGCUAAUAAUGUUUCUCUGGAGAUGACUCCUGCCUGGUGACACAAGAUUUUUGAGCUUUGGCGCUAGAGAAGUAGUGGCAGAAGAGCAGCCUCUGCUCAUUUACAAAACAACAACAACAACAACAACAACAACAACUCAUAUUUAUCUGCUUAAAUUGCUUUAGUUGGUAAAUGUAUGUUUUUCUUUCUCUGGGAAUUAGAAAAUCUGAUUGUGUGUUACAGUCUCCAACACCAGUUUUAGCACUGUGUGCCUUCAUCAUUUCUGAACUAGGUUAGGAAUUGUGGCCCUUGGUGUUUAGUGUCUCAGGUCCCUGUUUGGGUAUUUUAAAACAACUAGGCUAAACGUGCUUCAGAGACAUUCAGUCUCAAAUAAGUGCACUCUAAAUCUGAUGCUACUAAAUGCCAUUUUUAAAUGUAUAUCCAGUACCACGGCACUAUAAACUGCAUAAAAGACCACGGUCUGGUUUAUGGUCUACUGCUCUGAAGCCUUUGGGUUGGACCUUUCACCUGUGGAUAUUUUUUCUUUUCUUUUCACAACCUGCUGUUGUGAUCCCUUAUUCACAAAGGAUCACAACAGCAGGAAGCUGCGCAUAUUUGAUUUGGCAGAGUUUUGCCCUUCCCAACACAAUCCCAAACAGAUUUGUGUCUUCUCCCAGGACUGAACCUGGGAUCUUUUGCUUGCUAGGCUAAUCAAGAGGCUAUGUCCACUAAUAUCAUACAAUCUGUGCAACAUGGUCCUUAGAUAUGCUACAACUAGCUUCACUGAAGAGCCACUAGACAGCUGAAUCCAGCAACUGAACAUAACAGGACAUUCAUGGUCCAAAUAAGAUUAUAAAGUGAAAUGUAACAAAUCUCCAGCUCUCCAUUUAGUGCAUUUUGGUUCAGAUGUUGUCCACUCAUUGUUGUUUUCUUGUCUAAAUUUGAGCAGACCAAGCCUGGUGAAGGAGCUUUGAUCUGAACUGAAACUGAAAAGUCACAUAGAUCCUCAGAGUGAAAUUUGGGGAAAACAUUAUAUAGUUAUUUCUGUUAAACAAAAUGAUGGAAUUUAGUUUUCUCUCAUCUUCAGGAGUUGGGUGGUACUUUUUGUCAAGCGGUGCUGGACUCACCCUGACAUACAAAGUCCUAAGAAAAGCUAAACUUGGCCUGCUGGAUUUUUAAUCAGUGGAAGCUGUUUAAACUUAUAUUUUUAUACUUUAAGUCUAAUUAAUUUACCCAUCAGCAGGUGUCUUUAAAAAAAGCAGUAUUAAAAUAAUUUAAAACUGAAAAAGAAAAAGAAUCAUAUGAUAAUGUCACUGCCCUCAAUGGCUCCCCCUCCUGGUGAGACCUUCUACUAAAGUCAGUGUGUGCUCUCUGAUAUGUUCAGACAUCAUCAGCCCACCGUCAUUUACUGUCCCUGCCUCUGCUGUGAAAUUGCACUUUUAUGUCAUUGUUUUAUUUAUUGAUAUUAUGCAGGUGUAUUUGACUAUGAGCUGUUGUAAAAUAAAGCAGUGUAAUGAUUGCAGUGACUGCCAGAUGAAUAAACGACAGCAGCAUCAUUAAUAUGUAUUUUUAUGCUUUUAUUAUGUUGUUGAGGGAUGAUUUUGUCUGCUCUUUCCUGUUGGGAAAAAAAUCACAUUAAACACUUUAA